CCUGGCGAUCCAUGCGCUGGGCCCGACAAGGUCGGCGGGCCGGGUCAGCCCCCAAAUAGACCAAGCAGCAGCUGUUAACUAAAAGAGAUUAAACAAAAUAAAGCCGGCGGGAAGGUCGAAGUAAAUGAUAAAGCAGCCAGCGGCGGCGGUGUUGGGUCUGCUGAGAAAUAUGAUGGAUAGCGCUUCAUCGCCUGCUAAGGAUUACGUUCAUUACCAACACACAGAUGCUUGCAGCCUCUCUAGAUGGACUGCCAGGGAAAGUUACCAGUUUAUGUAUUCAAGGCCGUGGCAGAAAGUGAAUGAUUUUUAUUUGGAUGUGGUGAAUGGCUGCCGAUCGGUUUCUGAUUUGUUUGGGAAAGAGACAUUUGACCCACAGCAUGGAGCUGAAGGUGUAAAACACUGUGAUAAACUUGAACUGGUGAGAGUUCCAGGUCAGGGUAGAACUGGUAGAUGGGCAAGAGUGACAUUCAGAAUAGUGCUCUCGUAUCAUGGAAACUCUUUUGAUGGUUGGCAGAAACAGCCCAAUCUGAAUACUGUUCAAGGAUUGAUUGAACGAUCUCUUGGGAAAUUUGUUGAUGAAAAGAAAGCACAGAUGUUAAAAGAAAAGAAAUUACCAUUAGAUGCUUGUGCUGUGGUGGCUGGGCGGACAGACAAAGGGGUGACAGCGCUUAAACAAUGUCAUACAGAAUAUGUGCUAGCAUGUAAUGCCUCUGUUAGGCAUACAUGGAGAACGGAUAUUAAAGCUCUGGACAUUGAGGAGGCUGUAAAUCAUGCAGCGCCUGGAAAGAUAAGGGCCGUUUCUGUUUCUCAGGUGUCACGUGAAUUUCAUCCUAAUUUCUCUGCAACAUGGAGACGCUAUUUCUAUAUAUUCCCGAUUAGUGAUGAGAAUGUGGAUGAUAGAAGCGGUCAAUGCAAAAAAGAUUUUGAUAGUGAUGGUUGGCAAGAUGGCAAAUCUGGUGAACACCUCUGUGAGGAUAAUGGUGUAUCCGAAAUGGACGAUUUUGAAAAGAGUGAACAACAAUCAGGAAACAAGCCACUCAAUUUUGAAGUUAGCCGUGUUAACCAUCUAUUACAGCAACUGGAAGGAAAAUUACUUUCAUUUAGGAUGUUUGCACGUGAUACUAAGCCCGCACGAAACAUUCAGCUCACUUUUUAUUCAAAAUUUUAUUACCCACACCACUGCAGUGGUCCACCGACAGAGUGCUUUCUCUUCCAUGCACGGGCUGCUGAGGCCCGUUUACACGGUGCUAAGGAUGGAAUCAGCACAAGGAUCUUGUGCAUUGAGUUGGUCGCUAAUCGCUUCUUACGAAAGAUGGUCCGAGUUCUUGUAGCAACAGCGAUUAGAGAAGCGGCUGCUGGUGCAGAAGAUGAUGCAUUGUUGAAGCUGAUGGACGCCACAUGUCGGCGUGCCACUGCUCCACCUGCACCUCCCGAUGGCCUUUGCCUUGUUGAUGUUGGAUACACCGAGUUUGACAAAGACUCCUGCUUAAUUCCUUGAUGAUAGUAUUCUUAAUUUGACAAUCGUUAUAAUGAUUUAGUCACAAUUAAUCCUGGUCAAUUUGAUAAUGUUCCAAUUUUUACUGUGAAUUUGUCUAAUGUCUGUAAUCUUUCUAUGAUUUGUUGUUACCAGCAGCCAAUUAUGCGGACUGAGGAAUAUAUCUGCUUUUCAAUUGCUCGUGCCCUGUCUGUAGACUUUUUAUGUGAUAGUGCUUGAUUUAGUAGAAGAAUCCAAACUUGAGUAAUCCAGGAUCGUCUCUUGUUUGGUUCUCAGGCACUGUGCCAGUUGUGUACAAAUAUGUCUAUCAUGCACACCUAUAAUUUUAUAUGGGAGACUGAAUAGAUGGUGAAAUAUCAAAUGAAUGAGGAUCUAGUGUGGACUAGAAUAGCAUGGAUUCGUUAUUUG